GCACUCUCUAGAGAGAAUUCAAUCUUCUAGCCUAGUUGCGGUUCGUCUGGUCCCUCCCCCUCGUCAAGUCCGGUUUGAUGUCAACGACACAGUGAAAAUCUCAAGAAAAGCAGUAUGGCUUCGUUUUUCGCGGAGCUGGUGGAGGGCUUUUCGGCUGAUUAUGCCCUGAAGCCCGCCGAAUUCAAGCAGGCGGAAAGCAUCAAGGAGAAGAAGAUCAGCUACGGAAGGGUCUCGGAGCUGGUGAGUCAGUUUGAGGGACUAAAGGGAAAAAGCGGAAAGAGUAGUGGAAGUACAUCUUCUCCGACCGGCGACCUUGCACAGCACCCGACUAUAGGAGCGACAGCGGUACUACAACUGCGGGAGCAAGAGUCCUCCUCCUGCACGGAAUCUGCUAGCAGCACUGCAAUAUCUCACAGAAAAAAGCUGGCAGGGCAUAUUUGUAAUGCAAAAAUAAAUUUAAAUACACAGAAAAACCUGUCAUGGGCGACCUCGUAGCAUGCUAUUUCGGGUAUGCAAUACAAGUUUUUUUGUCUAUUUAUUUUUGCAUUACAGCCAGCUUUUUUCUCUGGGAUAUGCAAUCGCUCCAAUCACCGGAAACAUUUCGAGUUCCAGCUCCUCCUCCGGUGAGGAGCAGGGCACCUCGGCCUGGGGCCCAUCUUCUCGUGGUGCCGAAAACGGAGCGGCUUAUCAUGCGCAAGUGCAUCUUCAACGGCGCCGGGCGCCGACAACUGCCGAACAGGAAGGAGACAAUCCCUUCCUCGAUUUUGCUUCGGGACUGUUCAACAGCUUGGUCAGCGGCGACUUUGAGUGGACGGAUGGAGGCAGUAGCAGUAACGCGAACAGGAGACAAAGCAGACCACCUGAGCAGCACCACGACCAGGGGUCCGCACUUUUCACGAGGGUCGCGACGAGUGACGAACCGAUGACCCACACCAGCGCGCCCGCGCCCCACCCGGACCCGCUGCGAGCGCAAGGUUUAUUUCCAAUGCCACCGGAGCGACAGCCUGUUGCACAGGAGGAACCAGAUGACAUAGCGCACCCGGGAGGUGCGCCGGAACACUUGCAGUCGCCGAAAUUAUCCCACUCGUCAAGCUCCUCAGCAGCCACGCCGCCACGCACCGACGCAAUGAUUGCGUCGCCCGCUGCGGGCCGCGCUACCUCAACGACCUUUUCACCCGACCCGCCGCCGUCGAGCAACAAGAAGCUCCUUUCAUCCGCCCCUGCACCGCCUUCAAACUCGCAGUUCGCUGCCGUGAUGCGGAUAGAAAGAGAGUGGUACGAGAAGGGGGAUGAGGAAAUAAACGCGACCUGCUCCUCCGGCGCAGAUGAUGGGGUAACCGGAAGUAGUCAGAAUAGGGUAUCAGGCUCCUCGUCGACGAACACCGAUAUUGACGCCCGCCUGGAGAAGUUUCUCGCGCGUUUUGCUGACUACCAGACGGAAAUCGUGAAGUUGCCGUCGGCGGCGUCGUCUUCGGCCGAUGUCGGUAAACUAGUUAUCCGGAUUUGUCGUUUUUGAUUCCUUUUUCGUUUCAAAACGGAAUAUCUCGUGCUGUGGAGGUUUGAGUGCUCGUAAAAAAAUAGCAUGAUAAUUAUUCCAAACGAGUAGAAGAACGGAACCUUGUGCAUAGAUGCUUUUGGCAUCAUUAUGCGUUACGACUUCAUCUGCACGAUCAUGAACAACAGGCUCCAGAGGAGGUCUCGUCACUGACCAUCGGGCAACUACCGCACCGGCAGCAAACACGUACCGCAUCCGCGGCCGCGACGUGGUGCUCCACUGGAACACGGACAGCUACUUCCUCGAGGUGAUUGACGGGCCGAUGCGGCAAAAUUUGGAAGAUUACCUGGUCACAGGUGACGUCUCCACCGCACGGUACGACGAGCUUUCCCCGCUGAAGAAGCUGAACAAGUUCACCGACGCCAGUAGCUCCGCGAAAAAGCAGUUUUCCUUCAACGACCACGAGUGUUCCUACAACCGCAUCGAGGCGAUGCGCGUCGCGAAGGAGCAGGCGAAGCUGCGCGCGAAGAUGUCGGCAUCGAAUAGUUACACCGGAGAAAGCGGGUUGGGAGGCUCGAUAAGCACAAGCAGCGUCCAGGCUUUUAGCAGGUAUACUGAAUUUUUAUGCUAGGCGGGAUCGAUCUGCUUGUGUUCGUGUUGACGUGUUAUCGGCGCGUACGAAACCAUGACAAAGUCAUGCAGGGCUACUAGAUAAAAACAGCAUCAAGUGAAUUUAUUUACUCAUUUCCGCAAACCGUAAAUAAACUCAAACUCCAGGUAUCGUAAAUGGCACGAAGCCGCGCUGAAGAAGGAAGCGCCGAUCGACGCUUAUGGCAAUCGUGUGGAGCAAUCGACCGGGCUUUCGUCGUACUUUGGCAGCAUGUUUCAAAGUGACGCGGGGAGCAGCAUGGUGACCGAAAGAGAGACCGGUAUAGAGCGCCAAGGCACCGAGGUAAACACAGACCCGGUAAUGUACACCCCACCUGUAAUGCUGAAUCCUUUAGGAAGUUAUGCCGCUCUGUAGUGCGUGCAGUGUGAAAACGAAAACUCAAGCUCGAAACUUUUUCUAGACGAAGAAGCAGCUCGAGCGAAAAUCGGUCUGAAGUGUACAAAAAUGUAAAGAUCUCAAGUAUCACAUCUUGAUCUUCCAAAACCUUCCGAUAUGCGGGCUCUUGUGCGGUGCACCAGGUGCGCAGAUCCAAGGAUGGAAUAAGAAGC